UCACAAUUGAAGCACCUGAUCUCAACAAUACAAAUAACCACAUGAUCAUCAUAGUAACAUAUGACCUGACCCAAUUUAAGCAAUUUAAAAUCAACACAAGAUUUACAUGUAUUUAUUUAUUUUAAAGAACUCAACGCUGAGGAACAAAAGCUGAAACAUGAAAACUGAUAAUUCUUAAGCAGAUCAGCAGGGAUACUUAUAACUGAAAUACAAAUUUAAAUAAAACAUCAUGGCAAAUUCCAGGAUAGACUUCAGUGCUUCAUCUACACAGGACUCUGAUGAAGUUCAAGAAAUGUUUUGUGAACAUUGUGAUAAACAUGAUAAGCAAUAUGUUCCUGCUGAGGGAUUUUGUGAAGAGUGUUUCGAGUACUUGUGUGGAACAUGUCUAAAAUUCCAUAAAAGAUACAUGGUCUCUCAUACCAUUAAGGAUAAGGAUAACAUGCCACAGGAUUUCUGUCUGGAGAAAUGCUCCAUUCAUCGAGAUGAAUUGAUCAAGUUCUAUUGUCAAGCUUGCAUGAAAUUUGCCUGUACUAAAUGCAAGACACAAGACCAUGGGAACUGUAGUAUGAUCGGUCAUUUGCCAGCUCUUGUCCCAGGAAUUGAAAAUAGCCAAGAAAUUAAAGAACUCACUGAAAAUCUUGAUAUGUUAAUGAAAGAUUUGGAAAGUACAGAAAAAGAUGUGAACAUAAACAUGAAAUAUGUCACUUCACAAGAAACAAAAAUAUUAGAUACGGUCAUGAAAAAAAAGAAAGAAAUAUUGUCAGUGUUUGAAAAACAUCAGACAGAUUUAAUUCAAAACUUUGAGAAAAAAAUUGAAGAAACCUUACAAAGACUUGAAGAAGAGAAAAAGGAGAAAAUUAACACAUUACAAGAAAAUCAAAUGAAAUUAGAAAAGUUAUUAAAUGAUGAGGAAAAUGAAAUUAAGAGAAAAAUUGAAACCAUAAAAAAGAAUGACAAGGAAAUUUUGCAGACAAUCAUUGAAGAAACCUCCAAAAUAAAAACAAAACUAAACAGCAUAUCAACAGAGUUGGUGCAUCAUCAAGGUACAGAUCAAAGAUGUCAACUGUUUAUUUCUUUGAAGAAAGGGCAGGAAAUCAUUGAACAAUUAAAACCAGAUGCAGAAAAACAAUGUAAAAGCAAUUCAAUUCAUUAUUACAAAGUAGAAUGCAAAGUUUCUGAACAAAAUAUAAACAAUUUACAAGACUGUGACAAACUUUUCACCUAUCAAGAAAUACAUGAAUCUGAAGUACAAAAAACUGCUAGCUAUGACACAGAUAUUAAAGUCACAGAUGACAUCUGGUCCUUUCUAUGCUUGUUAUCAGAAAAUUGUCUUCUUGUAAGUAACCAUGAAUCUUCAAAGCUGUUUAUAUUCAAGGAUAUGUUGGUCAGUACUACAUCAUAUGAUACAAAAGACCUGCCUUCCAACCCUUGGGCUGUUGCUAAAGUUGACAAUAAUAAAGCUGCUAUCACAUUUCCUAGAUCAGGAAUAAUAAAACUGAUAACAUUCUCUAAGUGUAUGACAGUGACAAACACAGAAGAUAUAGAAGUAGGAGAAGGUUGUCAUGGUGUUACCUACAGUAACAACAACCUUAUAGUUUCAUUCACAGACACUGACAGACAAGCAACAGUGUCGAUAAUUGACAUGUCUGGUAAAGUAUUGAAAACAUUUGAAACAGAUCAUCAUGGGAAAUGUCUGUUUGUUCAUCCUCAUUUCUUAACAAUCAGUGCAGACAACACAGUUAUAUAUGUAUCUGACUAUUAUAAAAACUGUGUGAUAGGUUUAACCUUUGAUGGGAAGGUCAAAGCUAUUUACAAUGAUGACAAACUGAAUAAACCAUAUGACCUAAUUGUUGAUAGGUCUGGAGCAGUGUUUGUAUGUGGACAUUUGUCACACAACAUACAUCAAUUAUCACCUGACCUGACCAAGGUAAAGAUUCUACUGGAUAUAGAACAAGGAAUAGGUGUACCAAGUGGUGUGGCAUACUGCCAGAAUUCAAACAGAUUGUAUGUGAGUCAAUGUCAUCACAUUAAAGUGUAUGAUUUAUCACUGGAAUAAAUAUUCUAAAAUACUCUAUUUCAUCCACUUCUUGAAACUUACACUAAUAAAUGCUUCAGGUCGCUAGCCUAUUACAUGGCAAAAAGUGCAACACAUAGAAUUAAUAAAGUUGGUUCAUUAUUUACAAAGUAUAAAUGAUUUAGAACAC